AGAGGCUGGGGGGGAAAUGUGACAAGCAGCUGAUGUGGCUUGUUUGCUUGAGUGAAGUGGUUAUAUUUUGAUAAAACUCAAAUAAUAUAUUUUUUUAGGAGAGCGAAUGAGUGCCCGCCCCCGCUAAUCCCAGAUGUGGGAGGAAAAGGGUAUUUUGAGGGCAAUAGGGAAGAGUAUUUUCUGUGGCACUUUUUCUUAUUUCCGUAUUGAAGGGCUCAGCUCUGGUUUUUAAAACGGGUUCAGACGCCUGACUGAAAUUAAGCCACAAAUAUGUCUGUGACCUUAUUUAGCUCAGUAAACGCUCCUGUUGUGCUAAAGUGCCUUCAGUUUGGCUCUAUCAUAUUCCUCAUAUAAGAACAUAAGAACUGCCCUUUGCUUGAGGGUUAUUACAAAUGGUGGUUUAAAUGUGACGUUUGUUUGGCUUUGCUUGCUAGUUCAUCUCUCUUAACUGAUGGGCAGCUGCCUUUUUGAAAAGCUUAGGAACAAUGAGCUUUUGUUUGUUUCUGCAGCGUAUCUCUUGCAAGCUUAUUGGCCUAUCUGAAUUGCCAGAGAAUAUAUUUUUAAGUACAAUGUUAUGUGCAGAUAAGUACAAUUCCCUCAUAAACUUAAAUUAUAAAUGGAAGCCUUAGAACCCCUCCAGACUGGUAUUUUAUUGUGGAUGUAUUCUGUGGCACAUGUUGGGCACAUGUUGGAUUAAAUCCACUUUCUUUGUGCUUUCUUUCCCCAAUGCUAUUAUAUCAUCGCUGUCUGAAAGAGCCACAGUGCAGCAGAAACAGGACAACCCUCUACCCCACAAUAACAUUUGUUACACGAACACCAGGAAGCUGCAGGAUAAGCAUUUAUUUGAAAUGAAGACCACAAACGUGACUGGCAAAAUACACUUUGACUGGAGGAGUGUUUGAGGAAUAGAGCAGAGUAUAUUGAGUAUACAAAAACAGAAUCCUGAGAAUACAAAAAAUUAGGCAUGCCUGUUCUAAAAAUGGGCAUGCCUUCUAUUAAAAAUAAAUUUCAUGGCAUUAAGCUGAACCUUACUGCCUGGUUGGGUCAUAUUUCUCUGCAGAUGGCAGUGAAAUCCCAAGGCUUUAUUUCACAGCGACUGUGUGUGUACGUGCACAUUCGUUUAUUUUAGAGGUGAGGAACCUCAGGCCUUGGGGCCAAGUGCAGCCCUGUAAGCCUUACCUAUCUGGCCUUUGGGAGUUGCCUAAGGCCACACUCCCUCCUCAGGCCCCACCUCUCACCAGCCCUGCUUCAUACCCCUCUCGAGUGUUUUUGCCUGGCUGGAAUGUGCCUUUGAAGACUGAUAAUGCCUCUUGGCUGCCCGGAUGGAGAACUCAGAGGGGCAUGUGGGUGUUUGCAGAAACUAGCCUACUGUAGAAGAGUAAAAUUUACAUUUCUUGCUCCACCCACUUUUGUCUCCAGCCCUGCCUUCUCACCACCACCAUGUGGCCCCUUGAAUGCUGCCCAGAAGGGAAUAAAACCAUCAAAUUGAAAAUGGUUCCCCAGCCCUAAUAUAUAUAAUAUGUCAUCAACUAAUGCACCAUUUUGCUGACCUAGCAUUUUCACUACAGAAAGAAUAUUUUAGAUUGCUCCAGGUUAAUGUUUUACUUCCAGCAUUGUGGUUGCGUGCUAUACAAAAUCCAAGCUUUUAGGACAGAGGAUUAGGAAAACACGCUUUCUUAUGCCCCACCAGAUUAAAGAAUGUUGUAAUUUAUCUACCCUUUCCUGGCUGACAGAUGGUCAUUCAAAUCCAAACUACCGGCCCUGCCAUUCCUGUCGGAGUAGAUGUACAAGUUGAAAGCUUGGACAGUAUUUCAGAGGUUGACAUGGACUUCACCAUGACACUUUACCUUAGACAUUACUGGAAAGAUGAAAGGCUAUCGUUUCCAAGUACCAACAACCAAAGCAUGACCUUUGAUGGCAGACUAGUGAAAAAGAUCUGGGUGCCGGAUAUGUUCUUUGUGCAUUCCAAACGAUCCUUUAUCCACGACACCACCACAGAUAACGUCAUGCUCCGGGUCCAGCCAGAUGGGAAGGUGCUUUACAGCUUGAGGGUUACUGUAACAGCUAUGUGUAACAUGGAUUUUAGUCGCUUUCCCCUUGACACGCAAACGUGUUCACUGGAAAUUGAAAGCUAUGCUUACACUGAAGAUGAUCUCAUGCUGUACUGGAAGAAUGGCAACGACUCCCUGAAAACAGAUGAGAGGAUAUCGCUAUCCCAGUUCCUCAUACAAGAGUUUCACACUACCACCAAACUUGCCUUUUAUAGCAGCACAGGCUGGUACAACCGCCUCUACAUCAACUUCACUUUACGCCGGCAUAUCUUCUUCUUCUUACUCCAGACCUAUUUCCCUGCCACUCUGAUGGUCAUGCUGUCCUGGGUGUCCUUUUGGAUAGACCGCAGAGCUGUGCCUGCAAGAGUUCCCUUAGGGAUCACAACGGUGCUGACCAUGUCUACCAUCAUCACGGGCGUCAAUGCCUCCAUGCCUCGGGUUUCCUACAUCAAAGCUGUGGACAUUUACCUCUGGGUCAGUUUUGUGUUCGUCUUCCUUUCGGUGUUAGAGUACGCAGCAGUAAACUACUUGACUACAGUGCAAGAGCGAAAGGAACGGAAGCUGCGAGACAAGCUUCCUUGCACUUGUACACUACCUCAGUCAAGGCAACUGAUGGGGAUGGAUGGCAGCUAUAGUGACGGGGAGGUGAAUGAACUGGGACAGUAUGUGUCUGAAAAUGGAGAUAAACAAGACCGAAUGAUGGUUCAGCUGGCACUUGGCUCAGAAAGGAAUUCAAGCAGGAGGAAAAACCAGAGAUACAGCAGCAUGAGGAUCGAUACACAUGCCAUUGACAAGUAUUCCAGAAUAAUAUUUCCAGGCGCAUACAUUUUAUUUAACCUGAUAUACUGGUCCAUUUUUUCAUAGUUAUUUCUUUAGCCAGUUUCCAUGUGAGUGGGACAUGUGUUAACUGUAUGAAAUGUCCAUCAAGAAAAUGUGACAAUAGAGACUGUUUGAUACUCCUGUUACAUGAAAUUCACACAACACACUCUCCAAUUUAUUAUACUGAGACCCAAGUGGAAAUCUCUGCUGAACUGCCAGUUUCACCAGGCCUCAAAAUGGCCAUCGUGGUCAAUCAAAACAAUAAAAAGUGGGGAGAGGGAGGAAUGAAAAUUUGCAAAGCGACAAAUGCUUUUAUUUCAAAAGACAAUAUGUGAUAGGCAUUUUUAAAGUACAGAAUAUUCUAACAGUGUCGCUAUGAUGGGAAGAGGAAUUUCAGAGCACAUCUGUGUUCCAAUUACAGAAAUGAUGGACCAUGUUAAUAUUUUUGUUUCAGAUUGUAAAUAUAUACAAUAUUGUAAAAUUAUCUAUUUAAGUGUAAAUUGCAAAUCUAAACAGUGUACUGUACACUUUUACCAUCAAGACUCCUCUCAAGU